AAGAAAGCACAUUAACUCAGUUUUAUUCUCUUGGAGCAGAAUAACACCAAAAGUGGACAACAUGAAUUCAGCUUUACUGCUGUCUUUGCUUCUACCAGUUGCAGUUGUUUCCCAUGUACUGGACCUGCCCCGCAAAGUUCUGUUCAAACUGGGUGACAGGAGAGAGUUAAGAUGUAGCAUGUCAUCUUGCCCCGAGAAGGUGAAGUUUGUUUGGAAGCCAUUAGAAGACAAACCGAAAUAUGCUACUAUUAAAACACAGGACAGAGAAUCUGUGCUGGUCUAUGACAAUGUGAAAAAGUAUCACGAAUACUCCUUAGUGUGCAAAGCAACCUGUGAAAAGGAGACAAAACAGGCGACAGCAAAGAUUCAAGUUUAUUCUUUUUCAAGAAACCCAGUAAUAUCUGGACAUGACAGCUUGAAACUGGGUGAGAAAAAUGUCCUGCGCUGUGAAGUGUCUUCUGUACACCCUCCGGAGUUACUCACAGUGCAGUGGCUCUAUGAAGGUAAAGUUCUUCAGACUAAUGAGGGAGAACCUGAGAGUAAUUACAUAUUCACACCUUCAAGUGAGGAUGAUGGGAAGGUGAUAACAUGCAGAGCAUCACUUAAUGUUGAUGGUAUACCACUUGAUGAGAAGACCAAGGAGACAUCUGUACACAUGACAGUUUUCUCUGCACCGCACAAUGUUAAAAUAUCUGGAGCGACCGCCGUCCCGCUGGGAUCCAGUUUAAAUUUGACCUGUGAGGCCGAGGGCAAGCCAAAGCCUGCGUUUACAUGGACCGCUCUCAAACCAGAUGGCCAGUCUGUGGAAAUGGGAAAAUAUCGAGAUCUCCUCGUACAUAACGUGUCCUUAUCAGAUGCUGCUACUUACCAGUGUGACGUUACAAAUGACUUUGGAAGCCAAAGGGCCAAUGUUUCAGUAGUCGUUCAAGCACCUCCUAUGAAUACCCUGCUUGAAGCAAGUCCACAAUCCAUUCUGAAGGAAGGAGAAUCUGUGAACAUUUCCUGCAAGUCCAGCGUAGUCCCAGUGACACACGUGGUGCUCAGCAGGAGGGUGAAUGGUGCAAAAAUAGAGCUAGCGUCUAGUAAAGGGGCUGAAACAUCAUUAGCCCUCCUCUCUGUCAAUCUGACCGACUCUGGAGAGUUUGUGUGUGAGGCUUUCAAUGAUUAUGGCAGUCAGGAGACUACUCUCAAUCUAACUGUUGAAGCUCAUUUGCUAGAAGUGGUGUUACAACCGGACAAGGUCGUGUUGGAGAGAGGCUCCAGGCUGGUCCUCUCAUGUCAGGCUUUCGGUUGCCCUCAACCCAAGUUCUCCUGGAAGAAUCUUUCAAAUACGCCGAUCCUCAGGCGACUUGAGACGGAUGACUUACAGUCCCAGUUGGUGUUUGAUCUAGUGGAGUUGGAAGACGAGGGAACUUACCGUUGUGAGGUCACAUGUGGCUCAAUCAAGAAGUCCAAACAGACAGAAGUCAAGGUGUUUUCUUUUUCAAGAAACCCAGUAAUAUCUGGACAUGACAGCUUGAAACUGGGUGAGAAAAAUGUCCUGCGCUGUGAAGUGUCUUCUGUACACCCUUCGGAGUUACUCACAGUGCAGUGGCUCUAUGAAGGUGAAGUUCUUCAGACUAAUGAGGGAGAACCUGAGAGUAAUUACAUAUUCACACCUUCAAGUGAGGAUGAUGGGAAGGCAAUAACAUGCAGAGCAUCACUUAAUGUUGAUGGUAUACCACCUGAUGAGAAGACCAAGGAGACGUCUGUACACAUGACAGUUUUCUCUGCACCGCACAAUGUUAAAAUAUCUGGAGCGACCGCCGUCCCGCUGGGAUCCAGUUUAAAUUUGACCUGUGAGGCCGAGGGCAAGCCAAAGCCUGCGUUUACAUGGACCGCUCUCAAACCAGAUGGCCAGUCUGUGGAAAUGGGAAAACAUCGAGAUCUCCUCGUACAUAACGUGUCCUUAUCAGAUGCUGCUACUUACCAGUGUGACGUUACAAAUGACUUUGGAAGCCAAAGGGCCAAUGUUUCAGUAGUCGUUCAAGCACCUCCUAUGAAUACCCUGAUUGAAGCAAGUCCACAAUCCAUUCUGAAGGAAGGAGAAUCUGUGAACAUUUCCUGCAAGUCCAGCGUAGUCCCAGUGACACACGUGGUGCUCAGCAGGAGGGUGAAUGGUGCAAAAAUAGAGCUAGCGUCUAGUAAAGAGGCUGAAACAUCAUUAGCCCUCCUCUCUGUCAAUCUGACCGACUCUGGAGAGUUUGUGUGUGAGGCUUUCAAUGAUUAUGGCAGUCAGGAGACUACUCUCAAUCUAACUGUUGAAGCUCAUUUGCUAGAAGUGGUGUUACAACCGGACGAGGUCGUGUUGGAGAGAGGCUCCAGGCUGGUCCUCACAUGUCAGGCUUUCGGUUGCCCUCAACCCAAGUUCUCCUGGAAGAAUCUUUCAAAUACGCCGAUUCUCAGGCGACUUGAGACAGAUGAUUUACAGUCCCAGCUGGUUUUUGAUCUAGUGGAGUUGGACGACGAGGGAACUUACCUUUGUGAGGUCACAUGUGGCUCAAUCAAGAAGUCCAAACAGACAGAAGUCAAGGUGUUUUCUUUUUCAAGAAACCCAGUAAUAUCUGGACAUGACAGCUUGAAACUGGGUGAGAAAAAUGUCCUGCGCUGUGAAGUGUCUUCUGUACACCCUUCGGAGUUACUCACAGUGCAGUGGCUCUAUGAAGGUGAAGUUCUUCAGACUAAUGAGGGAGAACCUGAGAGUAAUUACAUAUUCACACCUUCAAGUGAGGAUGAUGGGAAGGCAAUAACAUGCAGAGCAUCACUUAAUGUUGAUGGUAUACCACUUGAUGAGAAGACCAAGGAGACGUCUGUACACAUGACAGUUUUCUCUGCACCGCACAAUGUUAAAAUAUCUGGAGCGACCGCCGUCCCGCUGGGAUCCAGUUUAAAUUUGACCUGUGAGGCCGAGGGCAAGCCAAAGCCUGCGUUUACAUGGACCGCUCUCAAACCAGAUGGCCAGUCUGUGGAAAUGGGAAAACAUCGAGAUCUCCUCGUACAUAACGUGUCCUUAUCAGAUGCUGCUACUUACCAGUGUGACGUUAGAAAUGACUUCGGAAGCCAAAGGGCCAACGUUUCAGUAGUCGUUCAAGCACCUCCUAUGAAUACCCUGAUUGAAGCAAGUCCACCAUCCAUUCUGAAGGAAGGAGAAUCUGUGAAUAUUUCCUGCAAGUCCAGCGUAGUCCCAGUGACACACGUGGUGCUCAGCAGGAGGGUGAAUGGUGCAAAAAUAGAGCUAGCGUCUAGUAAAGAGGCUGAAACAUCAUUAGCCCUCCUCUCUGUCAAUCUGACCGACUCUGGAGAGUUUGUGUGUGAGGCUUUCAAUGAUUAUGGCAGUCAGGAGACUACUCUCAAUCUAACUGUUGAAGCUCAUUUGCUAGAAGUGGUGUUACAACCGGACAAGGUCGUGUUGGAGAGAGGCUCCAGGCUGGUCCUCUCAUGUCAGGCUUUCGGUUGCCCUCAACCCAAGUUCUCCUGGAAGAAUCUUUCAAAUACGCCGAUCCUCAGGCGACUUGAGACGGAUGACUUACAGUCCCAGCUGGUUUUCGAUCUAGUAGAGUUGGAAGACGAGGGAACUUACCUUUGUGAGGUCACAUGUGGCUCAAUCAAGAAGUCCAAACAGACAGAAGUCAAGGUGUUUUAUCCCCCGAGAGUGCCCAGAAUCACUGUGAGCCCACUGACGGAAUUGAAGGAAGGAGAAUCCGUGACCAUUUCUUGCCUUUCCGACAGCUUUCCAGUGGGGCGUACGGUGCUGAACAGGGUGGUGGACGGCAUACAAACAGAAUUAAUGGCCAGUGAUAGGCUUGAAACAUUGUUUACCAUUCCUUCGCUUGAGCUGGAUGACUCUGGCAUCUAUAUUUGUGAAACUUCUAACAUGUAUGGAAGCCGCAAUGAUAGUGUGGAGAUUAAAGUAAAAGCACCACCCAGGAAUAUGACAGUGGAGAUCUUUCCAUCCACGGAUGUUCAGGAGGGGCAGAAUAUCACCAUCUGUUGUCGCUCCGUGAGCUUCCCUCCACCUGCGGUGGUCCUCAGUAAGCUGGAUAGUGAGAAACAUGUCUACUCUCUUGAUGGUGUAUUCCUACUGAUCAACCUCAAACCCAACGACACAGGCUUAUAUCAGAUCAACGUCACCAACUAUCUGGGCUACGAGACAGAGACUUUUAAUAUCAAUGUGAUAGAGAAAAGAGUCAACCCUCCAUUUGGCUGGAAUGAUUUUUUUAUGCCUGCGAUUAGCCUGGGAGUUGCUGCUGCGCUGCUCGGUGUUGUGGUGUACAUGUGGAGAGCUAGAAAGAAGGGAUCUUACGACCUUGCCAAAUGUAAUCCAGGUACCGUGUAGGCUGUGUUUACAUUCCAUUGGCUGUUCUGGAGGCAGCUACACUGGGAUGAAGUGUCUUGUCGGGGCCAAGGGCCUCCCUAAAGCAAGAACUGCAGGUGCCUGGAUUCAUCACCUUGAACAUCAGGUGACCAUAACCCCAGCUGGAUGGGAACCUGCAUUCUCCACAGCAAGAGACAAUCAAUGUGACCGUGAUUUGGCGCGCAUCCCCAGAGAAAGCAAAUCAAACCAGUGCGGUUCCUUUGUGUUGCUUGUGUUGGGAAGUGUCAACUCUUUUAAGAGACCACCUGGUCUGCACUUCAAGAAGUUUUCAAGUGUGGAAGUAUAAGUUGAAAUGCAAAUUGUGAAACAUACAUGUAAACAUUUUAGCAUUUAAGAGAAAAUAACCUAGCCAACAUGUUUUAAUUGAACUUUUUGGUACAGUUUCAUAAGACUCAUGUAGCCUAUUGUGUCCUAAAAAGUUUGUAUUUGUAUUGGGUGAAAUCUUUCGUUUUCAUAUUUAUUAAAGUAUCAGGUUUCUGUCAAUUGACCUGGGAAAGUUUUUUUUCUGGGAAAAUCCGUGGAAAAUUUGAUUCGCAGGAAAUCCACAGCGUCUGUCAUAGCUUCACUUUCACUUUAACAUUUCACUUUUGCUUUUCGGUUUUUCUGCAAUGUUUUCCUGUCCGUUCAGCACAAUAAAGGUGGGAUGAUUUGGAUAAGCUUAUUGUUCACUGCCUGUGUGCAAGCCAUUUUCCGAAUUUCCAACAAGUCAGGAACAAGCACACCUUCCAAAAAUAAACCACUCCACAUAUGUGCCUCCAACCUGUCAACACCAAUCAGACGCUCUGGAAAACAUCUGUUUCUGGUUACUGUUUAUUUUGUCCUGCAAAUAAAGACCAAAUGAUUAAAAAUCGA